AUGGCCGCCAGUGGAUUCCAUCAAGUUAGAACAGAGAACUAUGCGUUCAUGACUUGCGUUCUGAGAGUGAACACACGAUCUCAAGGUUGGCAAAAGACUCUGAUGAAUAUGCUAAACAGUGUCCAAGGAGUAUCGAACUUCAGAAUGAAUGAAGAUGGAAUGGUGAAAAUUUCCGGCACCGUCAAUCCAAACCACCUUCUGAAAAUGCUUGCAAAAGGAGGGAAACGGGCGGAGAUGUGUUGGUUUCAGUUCGGAGAAUGUUCAAGCAACCUGUACAUGCCGGACCAGAGAACUUACUAUGAUUGCACUGAAUAUGGUUAUUGUGGAGAUGACUGGUUGCAUGGUUAUGGAGAACAAGGUUACUAUGGUGGUUAUGGCGGAACAGAGUACUAUGGAGAUGAUAGGUAUCUCCAUUAUGGGGAUCGUCCUCGGCCAAAGCAUAGGGAUAAACCCUUGCAACCAUUGCCUUGCAGUCACGGGGCUAUGGGGCCAAGACAUAUUGCUAGUGCCCCGGACCUAAAUGGUGAAGGCAUCAGCGGUUGCUGUCACAUUUUGUGAGAUGUUAGAGACAUGGCUGGAUCAGCUUUAGGGUUUGUUCGGUAGCUUAGUGAUGCAUGAUGCUAUCUAUUUA